UUACAUAGAACUGUAACAUAAGGCUUAAAGUCACUAAUGCUGCCUUUAACUCGAGGCUGGAGACAGCAUGACGUAGUUUUAGUAUCAUAUUACAUGGUAAAUAAAAGAUGGAUCAAAAUCAGUUUCAUCACUUCUGCAAAAUCAGAUGGAGACGCCAGAGCAACCAAAUAUGGAGUUGGAAAACACUUCCAGUACUGAGGAAACCAAUGAAACCUGCAACACCACAUCAACACCUAAGCUGUUGCCAGGAAAAAAUAAACAGUACAGGACUCCAGAUGAAGCAUUUAAUGCUGUUAGGUCUAAUGAGAGGAGGAUUAAAUCCAUGGCUAUCAAGCAGAUAGUUAAAAACAUAAAAAAAUUAGCUGAUCUGCAAACAAUAGAUCUCUCCCUUAUAUUUUGUGUAAGGGAUGAGGUGCAGAAGAGGCAACUCAUAAAAUAUUGUGGCCAUGGAGAAUUUCUCCAAAGACUUAAAAAUGUUGAGCCUGUGCUGAAACAGGAGGAAUUCGUCAAAUCAACAAGUUAUGAGGAAUUCCUUCCAAAAGUACAGGCUCAAGCUGUAAAGUAUGCGACACCAUCCAAAUUGUCAUGUGGGCCUGGUGUGUCAAAAAACUUGGCACACCAACAGAAACAACAACUGGAAGAAACUGAAGUCAUUCCAGUUGAACACGAAAAGUCAAUUACAUUAGAAAUAAAUUCUCCUAAACAAAAGCAAAAGAAAAAGAAAAGCCAACCUGCAAAAAGAAAACUGAUAAAUGGUAACUGUAAUUACUACUUUUCACCUAAAAGUUGUCGUAUAUUUUUGAAUAUAAUAAUAAAAAAAAGUUAAGGUGUAUACAUAUUUAUAUAAAAACAGAAAAGAGAAUGAAGUAUAAAUUCCAACAAGACAACUUUCCACCUAAUGACUAGGACAGUAAUUUAAAAAGCUAUCAGAUAAUGUAUAGAAACAAGAAUUAAAACAUGUACU